UGAACUUGAAGUUGUCAAGUGAUCGUAUCUUCAAUUCAACGUUUCAACGCUCAAGUAUCAUGGCUCUUCAACCUUCCCUUCGACCGACUAUUAUUGCCGGAACUCACGACGCUCCGCAUACCAUUGAUAUCUUCCUGGACUACGUUUGCCCAUUCAGCGCAAAGUUAUCGCUUGCAAUCGAUAGCAUUUUGAAGCCUCUGGUGGACGUGGGAGGUUUAUAUUAUGGCAAAGUAAAAGUUAUCAUGAGGCUCCAAGUCCAGCCUUGGCAUGCCACUUCAACCUACACCCAUGAGGCUGGGCUUGCUGUUGUGCGUGCUGCUCCAGAUAAAUUCUGGACGUUCUCCCUCGCGCUUUUCAAGCAACAGGCCGAAUUCUUCGAUGGUCCAUCUUCCAACAUGACUCCUCUACAAAUUCGUGAGAAAUUGGCCAGCAUCGCUGCCCAAGUAAUCACAGAGGAGCAGGUGGUGAUGUUCAAGGAUCUUCUGAAGUUGAAGCCUACUCCGAAUGGCGGAAUUGGAGUUACAGAUGAUCUUAAAUAUACUAUCAAGUUCGCCAGGCAGAAUGGCGUACAUGUUUCUCCCACCGCUCUCUGGGACGGUUUGAUUGCCAAUCAAAUCUCUAGCUCUUGGGGAGAAAAGGAGUGGACCGAAUUUCUUGCGAAGAACGUUGCUGUCUAGGUGUGAAGAAUUGCAUUUUUUGGGCCAUACUAAGAAGUCUGAUGUGAUAACUACAAAUUCAAUACUGUGUUCUGCUGAGAAUGAAACGCAUUCAAUUGGUCUAGUAAGCCUUCAUACUUGCGUGUCUGAUAGUCUCCACCUGCGAAAAAGUUGUAUCCACUUUUCAUUCAAUGCCAUAACGCCGCUGUUGCA